AUGGAAAGCGUCCUCGAAUAUCGCGAGGAACCGUGCGGACUGGAGCCCAUUGCGAUAGUGAUCAAUCUGGCUUGCGACCCGACGGCUGCUGAACUUGUCGGAGAAGCUCGCGGAAUUCGGAUGCUGAUGAAAAAGGCCUUCACGUUUCACGACCCCCUGAUUUUGAAGAUCUUAAGGAAUCUGUCUGAUCAUGAUAACUUAAAGCCUUUAUUUCUCGAUUACUUGCCAGAUUUAGUUCAGGCGGUUACCUCCCUCGAAGAAUCUUCUGCUGCCCAAAAAAUUAACGCCGAACUCCUUGCAGAGCGCCGUAACCGUAAAGAACGCAUGAAGCCCAAUCCACUGGACGACUUUGAACAUGAAAGCUUCCUGGAUGAGGACUUCGGAGACGAGACCGAUGAAAGGACUGGAGGCGGCAAGAAAGAGGACUUCGCCCUUGAAUGCCUGGGUCUUUUAGCCAAUCUCACUCUAGAGGAUCUGGACUUUGCCCGUGUGCUAAGCGACCUCAACCUACUAAACUGGUUGCAGUCAAAGCUGAGUCUAGGCUUGAAGCACUUUGAAGACGACUUGUUGUUGGAAAUAAUACGACUUAUUGGAACUACCUGUCUGGAUGAGAAAGCUGCUCUCAUGAUUGCAAACUGUGGGAUAGUUACCGAUCUAAUCAGCCUUUUAAACUCUCACCAGGAAGAUGAUGAGAUCGUCUGUCAAAUACUCGGUGUCUUCCAUCGGCUUUCAUGCCACGAGUCAACUAUCAAAAUCCUAAUAGAAGACACUCAGACGCCGGCCUACCUGGUGGACCUUAUGCACGAUAAGAACAAGGAAAUCCGUCGUAUCUGUGACGCUACUCUGAGUCUGAUUUCUAAUGGCGGUUUCACUGCAAAGCUUUCUUUCGCUUCUUAA